UCGACAUAGAGAUCGUACUAUUGUUGUGUGACUUCGUCGCGCCAUGGCGUCUGUUGGCAAUGCUAAUGUACAAGGUGUUCGCAAUUGCUAUAAUUGUGGCCAACCUGGGCAUAUCUCUAGAUACUGUCCGCUGCCUGAUCGUCGUCUAAAUGGGUCACAGGUGUCUAAUGCUAUAGUCCCGGCUCAGCCUCUUUUAACUGUCCCUCCUGCUACAAACGUCGGCACCGCUGUCCCUUAUUAUUCCGGUCAAUAUAAUGGCGGCGGUAGUGGACUUGGUCGUAGGGUUAGCACUCUAGAGGAAAUUGUCAGUAAGAUAAAUGGUAAGCAUGAAGCCGAGGAGGCGAAGGAACGGGCUCGUCGCGAAGAAGAAGAACGGAAGAAACGUGACGCUGAAGAACGACGUAUGAAGGAUCGAAAGGAGCGAGAAGAGCUCCAUAAGGAGCUGCACAGGGAGAUGACGGGAAAACUGGACAAGGUGUGCGAAGCGGUCAAUGGGAAGAAGGUCACUGACAACGAAGAAAUAGCGAAAUUGAGGGCUCAGGUUGAAUCCCUCGUCCGUCAGCAGAACGGCUCGGAAAGGCUGAAGGACAACUCCCAAGAAGAGAUUGCGCGUCUCAAGGCAGAGGUCGAAAGUCUUCGCCGCAGUCAUCAUGGCGCUAGUAUCUCUGCAACGACUUCCAAGGAAGCAGAGGAGCUGUCUAGAUUACAGCUCGAGCAGGCCGAAGCAAAGGCUGCGAGCGAACGAAGGUUUUCCUCUCUUGAAGAAGUUAUUGUUGCCCUGCAAAGACAGUGCGAAGCCGCGAAGACGAAUGCAUAGGUUUGGAGGCUGGAAGCGCUCCGGCCAGGUAACAAGCGGGGGAGUGUCGUUAUUGGAGCAACUCCUGUGUCGGACGCCAGGGUGAGAGCAAGAGUGAC